AUGGCUAUUCGAUUGCAGUCUUUCCGGCAUCUGUCCUCCUUGCUUCUGUUUAUAACAGCAUCCGCGGCUACAGCCUCUCCUCUCAUCUCCCACCAAUUCAGUCACCCCUCUCCCACCUCUGCUGAUCGUCAUUCCACCAUCGUCAGCCAUUCGAACGAGCAGUACAAUGGUCGUCGCAGGCUCGUGCUGCCGUCGCAUCUGGCUCGCCCGCACUCCACGGACGACACAGAGCUGCCGUGCGGCGACGCUUGGCAGCACAACUACACCGCCUUCCACACCUCCGCCCGCGCUGCGGCGCGCGAUCCGUCGGCGCGGGCGCAGGAGAAGGCGGAGCUGCGGUACCUGACGUUCACGUGCACGCCGGGGCUGUGCGGUGGGAUCGGCGACCUGCUGAUCGGGCUCGUGUCGUCGUUCCUGCUGUGCGUGCUGCAGGAUCGCAUCCUCAUCGUCGACUACCCCUGGAUGCUGCACGCCUUCGAACCGAAUCACAUCGACUGGCGCCUCGGCGACGACGUCCCCAUGGACCCCGCGCGCCCCUUUCCGCCGGGCCCGCGAGACAGGCGCAGGCGCGGGCAGGCAGACCCGAACGAGGUGCAGGAGGGGGAGGUGCUCCGCGUGAAUCUGCACAACCGCGACCUGCCGAGCAACGUGACGGAGUUCUUCGAGCGCAUGCGCGCCGCGAGGAACAUCAGGCUCAUGUGGAACCGCGGGCUGCUGGUGCGGCUGUACGAGGAGGACGGUGCCUGGUGGCACGAGCUGCACAGACGAGGGCUUAGACUGCCGUCCGCAUUCGGGUGCAUUCUGCGAUACCUUAUCAUGCCGACGCCAGGGGUGCGGCACAUGGUGCGAGAGGGCAUAGCGCAGCUGACGUACCCGGGCACGGCGUCCAUCUGCAUCCACGUGCGCACCAGCGACAUCUCCACGUGGGAGCAGCCCAAGGUGGGCGAGAAGGUCAAGCCGCGCAAGGAGAACGUCAAGCGCCUCCUCAAGGGCUCCCAGCGCCUCUUUUCCUGUGCUCAGGUGGGUGGCCACAGCAGUUCUCGUGCUCUCUGCUGCCGUGCUUGGCAUCAUCCGUGUGUGACUGUGAAUUGUAUGUGGUGGCGCAUGCAGAAGCUGGAGGACUACUGGUAUUCGAGUGACGCCCCAGGCAUGGCAGUCAAGUGGGUGCUCAUGAGCUCGUCGCUUGGACUCAAGCAGGCUGCACAGAGGAAAUAUGGCAACCGGUUCACCGAUUUGUACGACCUCGGGCAGAAGCUGGGGUCGGGGCAGUUUGGGACGACGUACGUGUGUCGCGAGCGCUCGACGGGCAACAAGUACGCGUGCAAGUCGAUUCCCAAGAGCAAGCUGCUCACGGAGAAUGACGUUGAGGACGUGCGACGCGAGGUUGCCAUUCUCUACCACGUGCAGGGGCAGCCGAACAUCGUGAACAUGAAGGGCGCGUACGAGGAUCGCGACUACGUGCACAUCGUCAUGGAGCUCUGCACGGGCGGCGAGCUCUACGACACCAUCAUCGAACGCAUCGAGGCGCGCGGCGUCCCCUACUCCGAGCACGACGCGGCGGAGAUGGCGCGCGUGAUAGUGCGCGUGGUGGAGCGGUGCCACGCGCUGGGCAUCGUGCACCGCGACCUCAAGCCGGAGAACUUCCUGCUGUCGUCGCGCGACCCCGACACGGCGGAGCUAAAGGCGACGGACUUCGGGCUGUCGUGCUUCUACAAGGGCGAGGGCAUGGCGCGCCACUGCGGCUCGCCCAUGUACAUGGCGCCCGAGGUCGUGCGCUGGCGCUCCGCCACGCAGCUCAUGGUGAAGCGCCCCGCCAAGUACGGCCCCGAGGUGGACAUCUGGAGCGCGGGCGUCAUCAUCUACGCGCUGCUCUGCGGCUUCCCGCCCUUCUACCACAGCAGCCAUUCGACGAAGGAGAUAUUCAAGGCGGUGCUGCGCGCGAACCCGUCCUUCUCCAUCCCGCCGUGGCCGUCCAUCUCCGACCAGGCCAAGGACCUCCUGCGCAAAUGCUGCACCCCGACCCCGCCAAGCGCCCCUCCGCGCACGAAGCCACCCGUGGCUGGCGGAGGCGGGCGUGGCGCAGACGGAGCCGCUGCCGCCCGUGGUGCUGACGCGGCUGAAGCAGUUCACAUCGAUGGUGAAGAUGAAGCGCAUGGCCAUGAAGGUAUGGUGAAGAUGAAGCGCAUGGCCAUGAAGGUGAUAGCGGAGGGGCUGAAGGAGGAGGAGAUCCGCGGGCUGCGCGAGCUGUUUGAGGCGAUGGACACGGACGGCAGCGGCACCAUCACCAUGACCGAGCUGCGUGAUGGGCUCAAGAAGUACGGCGCCAACCUCAGUGACGCUGAGAUCAGCAGAAUCAUGGAGGAGACGGACAUAGACCAGAGUGGGGAGAUAGAGUACGGGGAGUUCCUGGCGGCGACGCUGAAUUUGAGCAAGAUAGACAAGCAGGAGAACCUGCUCAAGGCGUUUGCCUUCUUUGACACGGAUGGCAGCGGCACCAUCACGCUGGACGAGCUGCAGAAGGCGUGUGAGCAGCUCAAGAUGUCCACCGCCGAGGUCGAGGCCAUGAUGCGCGAGGUCGACGAAAACAAGGUCUCGCGUCUCGCUAUCGGCCACUCGUCCCACCGCACCUCCGCGCGUCGCAUCGAUUGCAAUCCCGCAUUCGCGCCAUGUGCCAGCCACGCGCCCUUCUCCGCCGUUGCGCCAUCAGCAAUCAGGACCCGCCCGCUCCGCGCCAAUCAGAACAGUCGACGACCACAUUCGAGGCGGCUGAUCGUUCGUGCGACAGAAAGCGACGAGGGCGCAAUUGCACGCCGGGUGGAGAAAACGCAAGGCGGGGAGGCGAGCAGCAGGGGCGCUGGUGAUGGCGCAACGGGGGAAACCGCGGGUGAUAGUGGCGGAAAUGGUGCUCUUUCGGCGGGGACGGGUGUGAAUUCCGCGGAUGCGUGUGUCGUCGCGGAUAGUGCGCGAGGCGAGUCAGCAUCGUCGGUAUCGGGGGAAGAGGCAGCGGCGGGCGUCGUCCCCGGGUGGUGGAGCGGCGUGUGGGGCGCGGGGGGCUGGCAGAAGCGGUGGAGCAUCGUGGUGCUGUGCUUCUUCGCCUUCCUGCUCUGUUCACAUGGACCGCGUGAGUCGCCUUCCUGCCUCUGUAACAUGGACCGCGUGAACAUGAGCAUAGCGGUGCUGCCCAUGGCGGAGCAGUUCCAGUGGUCGCCCGCCACCGUGGGGCUCGUGCAGUCCUCCUUCUUCUGGGGCUACCUCCUCACGCAGGUAGGUGGGGCUACCUCCUCACGCAGGUGGCGGGGGGGGGUGUGGGCGGACACGAUAGGCGGCAAGCAGGUGUUGGGAUUCGGGGUGGUGUGGUGGUCGCUCGCCACCGUCCUCACGCCCAUCGCCGCCUCCCUCGGCCUGCCCGCACUGCUCUUUGCGCGCGCCUGCAUGGGCGUCGGCGAGGGAGUGGCAAUGCCAGCGAUGAACAAUCUGCUGUCCAAGUGGGUGCCGGUGGGCGAGCGCAGUCGCUCCCUGGCGCUCGUGUACAGCGGCAUGUACCUGGGCAGUGUGGCGGGGCUGUCGCUGUCGCCCGCCAUCAUCCACGCCUUCGCCUGGCCUCCGUCUUCUACUCCUUCGGCUCCCUCGGCCUCGUCUGGUUCGCCUGCUGGCAGAUCAAGGCGUUCAGCUCGCCCCGCGGAGGACCCCAGUGUGUUCACCCGCAGAGAGGGCGCUCAUAGCAGCCGGGGGCGCACAGAAGGGGCAGGGCGCGGGCAAGGCGCAAUGAGGGGGGAGGGGGCCCGCACCUGGAGGGCAGUGUUGGGGUUCAACCUGACAGAGUCGGGGCUGUUUGCAGUGCUGCCGUGGCUCACCAUGGCCAUCGCCUCCAACGUCGGUGGAUGGAUCGCCGACACCCUCAUCGCCAGGGGCCUCUCCGUCACCCUCGUGCGCAAGGUGAUGCAGAGCAUCGGCUUCCUGGGACCGGCCAUCUGCCUCUCACUGCUCUCCACUGUCAAGUCGCCUGUGGCUGCCAUCGCCCUGCUCAUGCUCUCCCAGUCGGGGCUCUACUCCAACCAUCAGGACAUCGGCCCGCGCUACGCGGUCAGUGCCUCCCCACUGCCACGCGCCUCGCUGCCUGCCUCUGUGAUCUUGCACCUGCCGUUCUCACUUGCCUCGUCCCUCACCCACCCCGUUCUUCCCCUCUGUCUGGGCCCGCAUCACUUGCCUCACCAUCCCCUUCUCUCGACCGUGCAUGCUCGCUGUGCCUCAGGGCAUUCUGCUGGGCUGUCCAACAGUGCUGGUGUGCUGGCGGGGGUCUUCGGCACGUACGUCACGUGGGCAGAAUCCUUCAAAACGGGUCGUGGGACGAGGUGUUCACUGGUGGCGGUGGCGCUGUACCUGGUGGGCACCGUUGUGUGGAACGUCUUCGCCACCGGGGAGAGGGUCUUUGCUGACCCGCUGCUGCCCCUCACCUUCUCUGCUUGCCUGUGCAAGCUUGGGCGCUGCCAGGAGUGUCGUUGCUCCCCGGCACUUCGCACGGGGGCGGGAGGAGCCGUUGUGCCCUCAUCACUGCCAGGAGGCGGAGGGCUGUUAUCGCUGCCAGGAGGAGCAGCACUCGGAGUCGGCGCCGAACCGAUCAUUGGUUCCGAGGCCGGAGCAGAGGCUGGGGCCGACCCUGGCGCUGCAGCAGGCUCGGAUGCUGGCGCUGGGGCAGGGGCGGGACCAGAAGGGGUGGCGGCAGCAGCAGGGACAGGAGCAGGACCCGAGGAGGAGGAGGGGGCAGGGGUGGGGGCGGGCGGAAGGCGCUGA